AUGUCUACCAUUGCAGAGAAGAAACUGCAGCUGUAUGAUGGGGGCAUUCAUCACAUCGCCUGUGUACAACGCUGGCGACUAGCGGCGAAGUGCGCGGUCGGUGCAUGGUUGAAGUGUCCACUGGCUCCAGACAGGGUCAACAUCAGAGCUGAAGAAAAGGGAUACACGACUUUCCAAGCUGAGGGGGGCCAGAUCCACCUGAAGAGAUACAAUGUGGGACGUACAUGGGACGGAGCCUUAGAGAUGUGCAGGUCUGACGGCGCCACACUGGUGAAGAUAGACACCGCAGAGAAACAGGACAUCGUCGGGGGCUUGUUCAAAUUCAAGGACCACAAUAACAAAAAGGAAUCCUGGAUUGGACUGCGGGACACAACCAGGUCAAACGCCUACAGAUGGACUGACGGUUCCGUCCCGACGUACACGAACUGGUACAAAGGGGAGCCCAGCUUUACAUAUAGAGGCCAGGACGAGGACUGUGUCCAGAUCCUUUUACUGAUGUUUGGGUCCGCAUGGAAUGAUGCUGACUGCAGUAAAUUACGCUGGUUUGUGUGUGAAAUGUGA